ACAAGUCAACGGUCCACAGCAGUAGCCGGUGUCCUGAAGUUCCUGCGGUUCCUGCGGUCCGUGAGCCGAGCACCUUUGAGCCCCGAGAGCGGGCUGGUUCUGGUUCAGGGAGGAGUUGGUUCUGGUUCAGGAGCAGCCGGUGUCGCCCCCCCAGCAGAGAUGAGGACGGUUCUGAUGGUGGCGGAGAAACCGUCCCUGGCUCAGUCCAUAGCUAAGAUCCUCUCCAGAGGAGGCUGCACGAGCAGGAAGGGUCUUAACGGAGCAUGCUCGGUGCACGAAUACUCCGGCAGCUUCGAGGGCCAAACCGUCCGCUUCAAGAUGACCUCCGUCUGUGGACACGUGAUGAGUCUGGACUUCGUUGGGAAGUACAACAACUGGGACAAAGUGGAUCCUGCAGAACUCUUCAGCAAAGCUCCGACGGAGAAGAAGGAGGCCAACCCCAAACUCAACAUGGUCAAGUUCCUCCAGGUUGAAGCCCGGGGCUGUGACUAUGUGGUUUUGUGGCUGGACUGUGACAAAGAAGGAGAGAACAUCUGCUUUGAGGUUCUGGAUGCCGUCCAGCCAGUGAUGAACAAAGGGAGUGUGAGGGAUCGCACCGUGUACCGAGCCAAGUUCAGCUCCAUCACCGACACGGACAUCUGGAACGCCAUGAACCAGCUCGGGGAGCCCAACCACAACGAGGCGCUGUCCGUGGACGCUCGCCAGGAGCUGGACCUGCGCGUGGGCUGUGCCUUCACCCGGUUCCAGACCAAGUAUUUUCAGGGCAAAUAUGGAAAUCUGGACUCUUCCUUGAUCUCAUUCGGACCCUGCCAGACCCCGACCCUCGGCUUCUGCGUGGAGCGCCACGACAAGAUCCAGUCCUUCAAACCAGAGAUGUUCUGGGUCCUGCAGGCAAAGGUAUUUAGAGGGAAGGACAGCCCCCUGACGCUGGACUGGGGCAGGGUGAGAGUCUUUGACAAGGAGGUGGGCCAGAUGUUCGUCAGCCUGGCCAAAACAUCCAGGGACGCCAAGGUGGAGUCGGUGAGUAAAAAGGAGAAAGCCAAGCAGAGGCCUCAGGCGCUGAACACAGUGGAGAUGCUGAGAGUGGCCAGUUCUUCCUUAGGCAUGGGCCCCUCACACACCAUGCAGAUCGCAGAGCGGCUGUACACGCAGGGCUACAUCAGCUACCCCCGCACGGAGACCACACACUACCCAGAGAACUUCGACCUGAAGGGAACGCUGAAGCAGCAGAUCAACAACCCCAACUGGUCAGCAGAGGUGAAGGCUCUGCUGUCCGCUGGGAUAAACCGGCCCAGGAAAGGCAGCGAUGCAGGAGACCAUCCACCUAUCACGCCCAUGCGGGCCGCGUCAGAGGGGGAGCUGGGAAGUGACGGUUGGCGGUUGUACGAGUAUAUCACACAGCAUUUCAUCGCCACCAUCAGUGAGGACUGCAAGUACUUACAAACUACCAUAGACUUCACCAUCGGCACUGAGGCCUUCUCCUGCACCGGGAAGACGCUCAUAUCCCCAGGUUACACGGCAGUGAUGCCCUGGCAGGGCAUUCCUCUGGAGGAGAACCUGCCGACCUGCGAACGUGGAGACACGUUCACCGUGGACGAGAUCAAGCUGGUGGAGCGACAGACCAGCCCCCCGGACUACCUGACGGAGGCUGAGCUCAUCACACUCAUGGAGAAACACGGCAUCGGUACGGACGCCAGCAUCCCCGUCCACAUCAACAACAUCUGCCAGAGGAACUACGUUACCGUGGAGACCGGACGCAAGUUGAAGCCAACCAACCUGGGCAUCGUCCUGGUACAUGGCUACUACAAUAUAGAUGCAGAGCUGGUGCUGCCGACCAUCCGCAGUGCUGUGGAGAAGCAGCUGAACCUCAUCGCUGCGGGGAAGGCCAACUUCCAGCAGGUCCUGCAGCACGCCCUGGAUAUCUUCAAGAGGAAGUUCCACUUCUUUGUGGAUUCCAUCACCAGCAUGGAUGAGUUGAUGGAGGUUUCCUUUUCCCCCAUUGCUGCCAGUGGAAAGCCGCUUUCCCGAUGUGGCAAAUGCCAUCGCUUCAUGAAGUACAUUCAGGCCAAACCCAGCAGGCUCCACUGCUCCCACUGCGAUGAGACCUACAGCCUUCCCCAGAACGGAGCCAUCAAGCUGUACAAGGAGCUCCGCUGUCCGCUGGACGACUUCGAGCUGGUGCUGUGGACCUCCGGGGCCCGGGGCAAGAGCUACCCCCUGUGCCCCUAUUGCUUCAGCAACCCCCCCUUCAGAGACAUGAAGAAAGGUAUGGGAUGUAACGAGUGCACCCACCCCUCCUGUCAACAUUCCCUCAACUCUUUGGGCAUCGGACAGUGUGUGGAGUGUGAUGGUGGGGUCUUGGUGCUGGAUACGACCUCGGGACCAAAGUGGAGGAUGGCCUGUAAUAAAUGCAACGUGGUGGUGCACUUCUUUGAACACGCACACAAGGUGCAGGUGGCUCAGGAGAGCUGUGAAGCCUGCGACGCCUCACUGGUCAUGGUGGACUUCAACAAAACUCGCACGCCACUCCCCGCCGGCGAGACCCAGCACACCGGCUGUGUGUUCUGUGACCCCGUCUUCCAGGAUGUGGUGGAGCUCAAACACGCCACCAUGAGACACCGCGGAGGAGGGGCCAGGCGGGGAGGGCGGGGCCGCGGCCGGGGCCGGCGCGGCAACCCAAAGAAACCUAAAGACAAAAUGGCUGCCUUGGCUGCAUACUUUGUAUAGUUCUAACAGCGUGUGGUGUACGUCUUGUUCUCUUGGCAGGAAAUGUUUCUGUUUUACUGUUUACCGUUAACUACUCUGCAGUAAAACAGAUUUGAAGGAAGUUCGUUGUAAAUGUAUUUCUUUGUGUAGUAGAUCAGAUUUCUUGAGUGACAUGUUUGACAGCACGUAUUUUAUGAACAUGAUGAUU